AUGCCACCAAAGCGUCGCGCAACGAACAAACCUGAACCAUCUCCGCCGGAUUCCAAGAAGGCACGCGGUAGAGCUACGAACACCAACACUUCCUCUCGUAACGCUGAUGUUCGCCCUGUCCCCCCGAUGGAACAUCAACAAGGCACGACUGGUGAUAAUACCGAGGAUCAAGGUAGUGAAGACGUCGCUAGUAUCACUCCUGACGCUGGAGCCGCAGAAGACGCUGAAGCCAACAGCUCUGAUGUCCCAUCUUUGAUCGGGCAAGAUACCCGGACUCGCAAUAUCCUAACCCUUAACUCUCAAACCGAGGAUGUUGGUCCAAUCCUGGUAACGAACCGCAGUGCUGAAACCGCGGGGAUUGGUCCCCAAACCGCUCCGUACGUAUCACCACUGGAGCGUUACCGGCAGAUCCGGGCAGGAGAGGCGGCGCAAUCUGCUAAUGUUUCGACAGUCGAAGGAUUACUGAGAUUCAUCCAGGCUAACGACGUAAACUUAGCCUCUGUGCGAGCGAGGCUCCGUAUCACGGCAAAAGUUGUGUGGACUUCGACGCAUAUUGUCAAGACUGUGGACCAACUGUUGAUCACUGCAACCAUCUUUGGAUGCACUGCGGACUCGCCUGGAAUCCCACCGGAUGGUGCUAUAGUAACUAUUACCAACCCGUCCAAGAUCGGCUUGUUCAUGGACAAGGCUUGCCAGCUGACUACCAGACUUGCUAACUUCCACUUCAGCUAA